CCAUCUACGAACCAGUGCGUCCUCAUCAAACACGGAAUCUGUGGACAUCUUGAUUUUGGGCUUCCCAGCCUCUAAGAUCGAGAGAAAUACAUGUUUCUUGUUUAACGCUGGACAGGCUAAGACAAAGGACGUGUGGGAAGCGGCUGGAGUUGAAAGACAUAAGUAUCUGUUUGGUAGAAAAGGCCAGCCUCCCAGCGACCCAACAGCAGUUCUGUUGACAUAACCCUGUUGAUCAAAGCGAUCCCCUAGCUGCCCCAGGCCAGUUCCUGUGGCUCUUGGUGGAACUCACUCUGCAGAUCCGGAUCCGGAUCCGGUAAAUAUAAAAGCUCUGGUCCUUGGGUGGGGAGCCUCAUCCUGGAAGAGGCCGCCGAGAAGUGCUCUUCCAUCCAGGCCCUGUGGAAAGCGGCAAUGACCCCCUCGGAAGACCCCAGCGACCCAAAGGCCAGCCCCAAGGUCACGGGCCUGGAGACGGACGUGGAGACCAGUUCAGGUGGGAAGCCGGGCUGCCAUCAGAAGGCCAUCCCCCCCGCUCACCUGACUUUUGUCAUCGACUGUGCUCGUGGCAGACAGAUCUCCCUGAUAGCACCCCCAGUGCUGCCCCGAGCCCCUGGUCCUAAUCUAGGAACCGUCACCCCGCCAAUGAAGACUUAUAUCUUGUUCUGUGGAGAAAACCAGCCCCACCUGACUCAGGAGGCCCCCCUGGGUAGGGGACGCCUUGCCCAGGCCAGGGGGGCCAUGCCACCCUGCAGAGGGACUGGGGCCCCAGAUUCCUCCCCAGUCAGUCCACUGGUCCCGCAGGAGGCUCCUGAAGCCAAGGGAAACCCCUUAAAGUCUGUGCCCUCGAGGUCUUCAGCUUGGGGAACUGUCAUAGGCUCGCUCAAAGCCCUCUCCUCCUGUGUCUGUGGGCAGGCAGAUUAAUUGGAAGAGCCUGGCCAUGAAGGAGGGGGUUGGCACACCAGGCUCAAGCUCAGGGACUGCAAUUCCCAGAACCCAACCCCCCUUCCCCAGCCAAGCAGAAGUCAUUUGUGCCUGAGCCAAGGAAAGGCAUUGGAUCCACAAAGGACAUCUGAAACAGCCACCAAGUACACACUCAAGGGUAUCCACCUUCCCCCUUCCUAUCUUUGCGAGCCUUUCAGCGGAAGCAAGAUCAGGCACCUGCACGUGGAAAGAGACCAGACCAUUCAUACAGCAAAUUCUAACGGAGCGGCUUCCACGUCAGGCUCUGCAAAGUACUGGGGAAGAUGCCACAGCUUUCUUGGAGCUCCUCCUCCGGGUGGGGGAGAGGGAAAGGGCUAAAUAUGUAACCAAAUAAAGAUGAUUUUGAAUAGU